AUGGUGCCCAUAUACACUGUGGAAAAGCCAGGGAUUAUUGACAUGAUUAAAGUUCUCAACCCCGGGUAUGUGCUACCAAGCCGGAAAUAUUUUGCUGAAGUUGCCUUGCCUCACCUGUACAACAGUACUCGUGAAAAGAUCGCUAGAGAGCUGGAGGGGGUGUCGUUUUACUCCGCCACAACGGACCUGUGGUCGAGUCGAACGAUGCAGCCCUAUAUGAGUUUGACUGUGCAUUUUAUUGAAAACUGGACUCUGCGAAGCGUCUGCCUUCAGACAGCUUACUUUCCCGAUGACCAUAAAGGUGAAAUAAUUGCGCAGGGGCUAAAAGAUGCUCUGACCUCCUGGAAUCUUGACGAAGACCGACUCAUGGAGCGGCAUCCACUACAAAGAGCCGUAGAGAGAUUUCUCGAACAGGAGAAGGCCAUAGUCCGUGUCCUGGGAUCCGACAAGAAAAGCCGUCAUCUUGUGCCCACUUGGCAAGAUAUUGAGGUUUUAGAGUCUGUAAAUAAAGCUGUCAAGCCACUCCAAGAUUUUACAGACGCCCUGUCCGGGGAGGCUUAUGUCAGUGUCUCCUACAUUAAACCGGUGCUGCAUUUGUUCAAAACCAAUCUCCUACAGCCAGAGGAGGAAGACACCGAUCUCACUAAAACAAUAAAAAGAAACAUAAUGCAGUACCUUGAUGACAAAUACAGCGACCCUGUGAAGAAUGAACUCUUGGACAUGUCCUCACUUAUGGACCCCAGGUUCCGUACAACCUACAUUGACCCAGACAAGGUGGAACAAGUCAAGAAAAGAGCUGUCACUGAGCUGAUGUCUCUGAGUCUGCAUGCUGAAAAAAGUACACCACAGCAGCCUGGUCCAGCAGUCCAGGUGAGCCAAGGAGAAGCACAGCCUCCGCCCAAUAAGAAAAUGACUUUAGCUGCUUUCUUCAAGAAGAAUGUGCCAGAGUCAUCUUCUCACCAAUCAGAGGCAGUGAAAGUAGAGACAGAGCUGGCAACUUACCUACUGACCCCUGAGGUAGACCCAGACACUGAUCCACUUCAGUGGUGGAAACGUCAUGAACCAAACUUCCCAAGGCUCAGUAAUCUGGCCAAAAAAUACUUGUCUGUCCCUGCUACAAGUGCCCCAUCAGAGAGGCUUUGCAGUGUGGGAGGGGGCAUUGUUACAUGUAACCGGGCAUGCCUCAAGCCAGAGGUAGUAGACAGGCUUGUCUUCCUGGCUAAAAAUGCAUAAAAGAAGAAUGUUGAAACUAAAGUAAUGGAUGCAGAUGUUUCAUUUUGUUUACAAUUUCAGGGAUUCAGGAAAACUGUUUAAAGUUUUGUUUGCACUUUAUGAAUACCACUGCGACAAGUAUGUAUUUUUGUAAUUGAUCUAAUUUUGUCAUUUUUGUUACAUUUAUUUAACCAAAAGUGUUUUAUCACAGAGGGACACACAAUUUUAUUUUUUAUUUAUAUUUUAAUUUAUUUUGAAGGUGCAUUGUGUCACUGUAAGUUUGAAGUUAUUAGAAAACUGAUAAGCUACAUUUUCACUGUUUACAAUGGCAGUGCCUGCCAUCUCGUUUACAAGCAUGUUUUGAGGCUUGUUUCCUGUUACACUUAUGCACAA